AUGUGCGGCAUCGAUGGGCAAUCCGGAUUCACUUUUAAGAUCUGGAAGUAUUACUACAUGGCAUUUCCGGACCAGGUGGAAACCAUGCAGAUAUUCGCAAAGGGAGAACCAUUCCGUGAUGGAAGUUCUGUGAAUGUCCCAAUAGUGCUGCCACCCACCCCUUAUGAGGACGGUCAUAUUCUGAUUGUGGAGAGUGCCACGCCGCUAACCCUCCACCAAAUUUCUCAACGAGAGGGGACGAUUGUCGGCAGAAUUGACUGCGACUUUUCACGGGUGCCGAAAGGGUGGAGUACCAUAAAAGUGAAUGUGCAAUGUCGCGCCACAAUCAGGUUCGAAGAUCAGGACCUUCCAUGCGAGCGAAUGCUCCACAUUGCUGUAUAUGAGGAAGAGAGUUCGGAUAGGCGACUUGUAGGCCACACUAGGGUGCUUAUGCAGCAUCCGCGAGAAGAAGAGUUUGCGAUGGAGAAAAAAGAAAUCCCCGAGCAUAUGUCGGAAAAGCUGAACUUCCGCAAGGUCUAUGACGUGGCAAGGUCCAAGAACUCGUCGCGGAGUUCGAGAGCGACGCUGGAGUGA